AUGAAGCUUGCCACGAUCCUCUCCUUCGUAGCUGCGGUGGCCGCGCUACCAGCUGCGAAGAAUGAUGUCUCUCCACGCGCGUCGUACUCGAAGACGAAUGAUCUCAAAUUCAACAUCGACGGUGUCACGAAGUACUAUGCUGGUUCAAACAGCUACUGGAUCCCCUUCCUCACAAACGAUAACGACGUCAACACUAUCAUGAGUAAUUUUGCCUCAUCCGGACUGAAGAUUCUGCGUAUCUGGGGUUUCAACGACGUCACAUCUAUCCCCGGCUCUGGUCAGGUCUAUUUCCAGUCCUUCUCUGGUUCUACAGCUACCAUUAACACUGGCGCCAAUGGCCUGCAGCGCCUCGACGCCGUCGUCAAGGCUGCCGAGAAGAGCGGCGUGAAACUCAUCAUUAACUUCGUAAACAACUGGACCGACUACGGCGGCAUGGCAGCCUACUUCUCUGCUUGCGGUGUCAGCAGCAACGCCCAAUGGUACCAGUCUACCAAGUGUCAAACCAUGUACCAAGCCUACGUCAAAGCCGUCGUAUCCCGCUACCGCACCUCGACCGCCGUCUUCGCCUGGGAACUCGCUAACGAGCCGCGCUGCAACGGCUGUGCAACCUCCGUCCUCACAAACUGGAUCCGUAGCUCGUCUAACUACGUCCGCUCGCUCGACACCGACCACAUGAUCGCCAUCGGCGACGAGGGCUUUGGUCUUUCCGGCGACGGCUCGUACCCCUACCAGUUCGGCGAGGGCCUCGACUUCGCCGCCAACCUGGCCCUGCCUAACAUCAGCUUCGGCACCAUUCACCUGUACCCCGGAUCCUGGGGCGUGACGAACGAUUGGGGCAAUGCGUGGAUCACCGCGCACGCCGCCGCGUGCAAGAAGGCCAACAAGCCGUGCUUGCUCGAGGAGUACGGUGUGGACAAAGAGGCGGACCACUGCCCGGUUGAGAGCAAGUGGCAGAGCACGAGUCUGGGACUCAAGGAUGCCGGGUCUGCGGGUGAUCUGUUCUGGCAGCUGGGCGACAAGAUUCCCAGCACGGGUGCGCUGACGCACAACGAUGGGCAUACCAUCUACUACGGAAGUGCGGACUGGACAUGUCUGGUCACGAACCAUGUUAAGAACAUCGGUUAG